GCCGACGAGCUUCCCCUUGAUAUCAUCUCUCAGAGUGACGAAGAGCCCGACCGUUUUCCCUCCUGUAGCGAGUACCUGGACGUCCACAGCCUGAUUAAUCCCCGCUUCUUUCGGAAGCCAAUGGCGUUCGAGUGGGUGGCGCUGAGAGCAGAAGAGGAUGCCGAAGAGGAAUCAGAAGGAGAGUUGAGGAGAGAGGUCGGGGAAGCAGAGGCCCGAUUGGCCGAGGAGGAGGAAGAAGAGCGCGAAGCAGAAGAAGAGUCAGCGGAAGCCGAAGAAGAAGAAAAAGCGGAAGAAGAGUCGGUGGAAGCAGAAGCAGAAGAAGAAGCAGCAGCAGAAGAAGAAGAAAACGCAGAAGAGGAGACUUCGGAGGUAGAGGAAGAGGCCUAUAGCGAAUACAGCGAGGGCGAGCAAAGUGAGAAGGAGGAGGAAGACGACGAAGAAGUGGAAAGGAGGGACGACCAGGGGCCAACGCACGACGAGCUCGAGUGGGUGCCAGGACCGGAUCGGUGAGAGGAGAACCCGGAGGCUGCUGCGCAGCGCAAAAAAGAGAUCGCGGAAGGAAAGCGGCCGGCGAUCGAUCCUGCACCGAACGAUCCUCUCGAGGAUCCCGAGCCGCCCAAGCCGGAACAUGGGGACCUUGUUGCCAUGACCUCGGGAGCCGCACCGACAAGGCGCCGAGCCCGAUCCCGAUCCACGUCCCCCUCCGCCCCCGCCCGUCCCCCAAUUCGUCAACGUGUCAAUGAGCGGCUUAGCCCUUCAUCAGUCUCUCACCCACACCGAAAACACAGCCCACAGUCUAAGAGCAGUGGCAUCCGGGUCCAACCAACAGACAAAUACUACUAUCCGCAGUAGCUGGCCUUAGUAUGCCGAUGUCAACAGUUGGCGGCAACGGUUGUCUGCCUUUCCCUAGCUGAUCCCCACAAAUCGCAGCACUACCUGACCACACAGCGGUUCUAAGCCCUCACUGGACUAACUCAAUGAAGCUUACUGCCCGAG